GUACGGCAGCAGCCCCAUUGUGACCAUAGUCAGUCAGUCAGUUCAUAAUCAUUCCCUUUCUUUUCCCAGUUUCCACUUGUCAGUCGCCGACGACAACGAACGAGGAGACCGAAACGAUGUGCACCAGUGUGCAACCCAUUGAGUGGACCACUGAUCUCAAGGACCAGAAAUUUGAUGGUGUCAUCUUGGUAACCCCAAGCCAUGAUGAUUUGCCCUCAAAACUUGAGUGUCUGAAAGCACCCCUGCAGGACUACAACUCUGUGGACAGCGGGCUCGGGGAGGAGGUGGUAGUCCUGAAGGUCCCCGGUCUCCCGGGAAACCGAUUGGUGUUUUCCACUACGGGGCCCGUCAACCGCGACUAUGAUGAUGUCAGACGCUUCAGUGACGCAGCUGUCAAUGCGGUUAAGCGGGCCUUGAAGGCAGGAAUGCAGCGUCCCCUGCUGGUCUGCCCUCAGCACAAGGACUAUAAGAAUAGCACUCUGGUGGCUGCACUUGGGGCUCUUCAUGCGCUCUACAUGCCUUUAGAAGUGAGGGAGGUGAACAUAAAAUCAUCCAACUAUAAGGUGUGCGUGCUUGGUCUCUGGGUGACUCACGAGAGCCAGGGACAAAGGCUCGUGGAGCUAGCUAGCGCUCUGGAAAGUGGAAGGCUGGCAUGCCGUGACAUCGGCGGCUCGGAUCCUGAGCGAAUGGCUGCUCCCCGCGUGGCUGAGUACGUUGUGGAACUCUUCAAGAACAGCCCCGUGCAGGCAGAAGUGAUAAGCGACGUGAAGCUUCUGGAGAAGGAGUACCCCUGCCUGGCUGCUGUCAACCGGUGUGCCAACAGUGUACCCCGUCACCAGGCCAGAGUUAUCAAGCUGCAGUACUGUGGCGAGGGCCCUAUCCAGAAGACGCUCAUGUUGGUGGGCAAGGGCAUCACCUACGACACGGGCGGCGCAGACAUCAAGGCUGGUGGUUUCAUGGCCGGGAUGCAUAGAGACAAGUGCGGUGCUGCUGCCGUUGCAGGAUUCUUCCAGAUUUUGGCUAAACUGAAGCCAAAACACCUGAAAGUUGUCGGCUCCAUGGCUAUGGUGCGCAACAGUGUGGGUUCAGACUGCUACGUGGCGGACGAGCUGGUGGUUUCUCGCGCGGGCCGCCGAGUUCGAGUGGGCAACACGGACGCCGAGGGGCGCAUGGUGAUGGUUGACCUGCUUUGUGAGAUGAAGGAGAAGGCAGUUCACGAGACUUGCCCUCAGUUGUUUACGAUAGCGACACUGACUGGCCACGCCAUCAGAGCCAUGGGACCCAACUACUCUAUAAUCAUGGAUAAUGGACCCGCCCAUCGUGCUGGCAAUGCAGCUCAGUGGCAGAAAGCCGGAGAGGUGCUGGGCGACCUCUUUGAAGUGUCCUGCAUCAGGAGGGAGGACUAUGAAUUCCACAAGGGUAAAUCCGAGUACGAGGACAUUCUCCAGUGCAACAACUUGCCGUCCUCUGCAACCCCUCGUGGACAUCAGACCCCAGCGGCGUUCCUCAUCAUGGCGUCGGGCCUGCACAAGCAUGGUGUGGAUUCUGAGGCGCCUCUGCCGUACUCCCACAUUGACAUCGCCGGCUCCAGCGGCCCCUUCCCUGGCGUGCCAACGGGAGCGCCCAUUGUCGCCAUGGCAACCAACUACUUCCUGUCUGAGCUGUAGGCGCUCUGAUGCAGUUUAAAAUACAACUGACAUCAAGUUGCACAAAAGUACCCCAAGGAAAAGUAGUAGUACAGUAUUAAAAACGUCAUCAUUGUAAAUGUGCGGCUUUAUGCCAAGCAUUUUUCAUUGGUCAAUAAAUAUUCAUUAGCCAUUGAAUCUUCACUGAUGGUUGUAGCAGUUCAUUCGCUAUACACCGUGGGUUUGGUUCGUACUCGGGUACAGUGUGAAUGUGACUGUGAAUGAUUGUCUUUCUCUAUGGGCUAUGUGAUUGACUGACGACCAAUAGUGACAGCUGGGAUAAUUAUUCUACAGGUAUAGUCACUUCCCUAAAGGUCUGACAUUUAUCAACCACUGUACAAAUGUACUGUAUUUAGUUUGUCUGUUGGUGACCUAACUGACAGAACAGUUAGUAGAACUAGAUGGCAGAAGUUAUAAUUCAUCUGUGUAGCAAUUCAGACAAUAGAAUUGUUUUGUCCAUCCAAUGAGGAACUGAAAAAAAAAAGCAGUGCAAAAAUGAAA